CAGCGGAGUAAUUCCGGGAAAAGGCGGACUGACAUUUUGUCGCCCGAGUCGCUUCGACCCAGCAGAGUGUCUGUAUCUGUGUUGACUGGUGCUUCAGAUCAUGACGACGGAGAGAAACAGCAAAGCCCUGAAGGUGAAGCAGGAAUGCGGUGAGAAUGUGCCCGUCCUGUCGGACAGUGAGCUCAUGUCCCUGUCGGUGCGGGAGCUGAACCUCCACCUGCGCGGCAUGUCGCGCGAGGAGAUCCAGAAGCUGAAGCAGCGCCGGCGCACCUUGAAGAACCGGGGCUACGCCGCCAGCUGCAGGGUCAAGCGAGUGUCUCAGCGCGAGGCCCUAGAGCAGCAGAAGCAGGAGCUCCAGAGAGAGGUGGACAGGCUCGGGGCCGAGAACGCCGGCAUGAGGAAAGAGCUAGAGGGGCUCGGCGCUCGCCUCGCCGCGCUCCAGAGGUUCGCCAGAGGGCUGGAGGCCGGCGGGGGCAACCUGCUGGCCACAGCCCCGCGUCUCAACACCGCCUCGGUCAUCACCAUCGUCAAGAGUCCACCACAACCUCAUCCACAGAGAGAACAGGAGCCGUCCUAGAAGCAGCUACUGCAGCCAGACUAGUGGGAGGGACACAACCUGCAAUGCAACUACAUACACAUACACACACACACACACACACACACACACACACACACACACACACGACAGGAAAACAGGAAAACAACAUUAGUAGGAAAAUACUAAACACUUGCAUUACGCCUCGUUCACAUUAUGACAUCCAGGAGUCAGAGUGGUGUGUAACAUCACCUUGCAGACAACAACUAUGCUCAGUUUUCCCCAAGUAAGGGCCAGGACCAGCUGGAAAAACUGAGUCCCACUGUUCUCUACUUAAUGCUGCUUUUAUAACACUUCAGCUUAGUUAACAGAUUUGUGCUUUUUUUAUUUUUUAUUUUUUUUUAAAGCCUCUCAAAGUUUGUUCAGAAAGAAACAUGCGGCAGGUUUAAUGUGAGCGAGGCGUAGAGCGCUGACACACCCACAAAACUCAGACAGAACAUGCACACACACACACACACACACACACACACACACACACACACACACACACACACACAUACAUACACGUGCAACAAAACCCUCACACUCUCUUCCCCCCCUCCUCGACCCACACGGGAGGGGGGGCGUUGACAUUGACUCAAGUGGACUAAGUGACUGAAGCCAGACCAACCCGAACCACAGUUACUGUACAUCAUCACCGCUCAGCAAGUCCAGCGGUGAUGCGAGGAGGCCGAGGCCUUGCUCCGCUUCUGUUUGUUUUGUUUUUUUUUUUGUUUUUUUUACAGCACCUGACAGCAAAACUCAAAGGGUGGAGCGGAUGUAUGCGCGGCCUCCUCCACCCCCUACAAGCAUCUGCACUCCUGGUACAUUUGUAGUGUGACAUUACUGGUUGUUUAAGUAGAGUUUCUCAACCUCCUGUGAUUGAUAAGCAGGCGGAUCACAAGGAGAUCUGUAAAGACUAAUAUAUGGAUGAUCUUUUGAAUUUGGAAAGGAGUCAGAGCUUCCCACAUGCUCAGAUUUCAUGUGACAGCUCUCUAACUACUUCAUGAGUCAUGAGUCAUCACAGACAGUCCUGGAAAAAGGUUGAGAAACGCUACAUUAGCACAUCACUAAUUCCUUUUUUUUUUUUUAAAAAGAUGUCCAUUUAGUGAUUUUUUUUUUUUUUUUUUUUUUUUUUGGGAGGGGGGAUUCACUUGUCACUACUCCUCUACUUCUUCUACCUGAGAAUCAUCCCUGUGCAGGAUAGUAGUUUUUGUUUCUGCUAGUGAACACACACCUCACACGAAUGCAGUGCCUUCAAGUGUAUGCAGGAGAUCCAAGAAACCUAAGAGGUUAAAAGUGGACUGUAAUCGCUUCUUCUUCUCGACUGUUCACCAUCACACAUUUUGACUCUUUUUUGUGAUUUGUAAGGAUUCUCGACUAUAAUCGCACAUUACUCAUUUCACAACCCCACCCACCUCCCCACUGUGCAGUAACUUUGCUACAGUCUGCUGUGGCUUCCUUUUUUUUUUUUGUCAUAUCUGGUAAGACCUGACGACAGAUGUUGGUCAUUUUGCUUAAAAAAAACGUGUCAAAGUGGAGUCACAUCUGGUAGGAAUUACGCUCAAAGUCGACGCAAACUCUCAGCAUACAUUCCUGUUGUUUUUUGUUUGUUUGUUUGUUUGUUUGUUUUUUUGUCGUUCUUAUUUGUAAUGUUUGUUUGUGCCGUUGAGAGACGAAAAUGUUGAGUGACAUUUAUCAGAGAUAUAUUCUAUAUUUUAUUUGUAUUUAAAGGUAGAUAUUAUGAAAAAAGACAAGCUAACGAGUGCUGUGAUGUUAUCUAUGUUUUCAGAAGUACUUACAUAUGACUAGUCUGGGGAUAUUCUCAUGUCUAAUUAUUGUGUGGCGACGACGAUGAUGAUUACUUUACAAAAAUGUUAAUUAUUAGCUAUGUAGAAAUAUGCUCAAAGCCAAUGGCCAUAUUGCUGUAUGAUGAUUUUUUUUUUGUUUGUGUGUGUGUUUUUGCCACGUUUUUACUGGCUUGUCAUAGUGAAUUCUUGGAGGGAUAUUAUUUUUCUAUGAUGAUUUGUAUGUUAUGUCGUGUGAAAAAAACAAAAAAUUUGAGGUCACUUCCGAAUUCGGCAGGGCAGGGGGGCAGAAACACGGGACGUUUUUAAAGGAUGAAUCGAACGGCUUAAAUUGGGAGAGAUGGAUGGAGAAGAGGAGGAGAUAAAGAAGGUUGAGGAGUUGUAGGAUGAUGGAGAAAGAAAGUAGGAAAAAGGAGGAUUUGGGGAAGAAGGUGGGGAAAGAGGUUAUUCACUUGAAAACCUCCAUCGACCGUAAGCCCGUUUGAGUCCAGAUGUGCUAACUCGGCUCAAGCGGGCUUCGGUUUCAUGGAGUCUCGGCCACUGAACAGCGCUAGCAAUAUCAUUUCUAAGCAGGCAUUGUAACACAAUUAGACUGUGUUGACAAAUAACUCCUUAAAGAUACGAGGCAUAUAUUUAGCUAUAUAAAUAUCCUUGUGGCAAAGCAUUUAUUCUCAAUAUUUUAACGUCUCACAUCUGUCAAAAUUGUGCUGGAUGUUUUGUAAUACUUGCAAAACAAAAAAUGGUCUUUGUAUUUAUUACUUGUAUUUUUUCUAUUGUGAAAAUUUAAGUACAUUGUCUAUUUUAUAUAUUAAUUAUAAUAAAUGUUGUACAUAUUGUA